AUGUGCUCCUGGAAGAUCACCGGUAAGUUCAGAUUUGGGCGAACCAAGGAUGAGAAAGAGAAAGAACGAGAAAAGAGCAAAGAGAAGGAGAAAAAUGGACUUUUCCAUCACAAAAGCCACCGUAGCGAGUCUCCAUACAUGGAGCCACCAAGGGAUUCCACAGAUCGUAAGGAAACUAUAGUACCGUCCACUUCGUCAAUAGCACCUGUAAGGCUUUCCACAGAUGUCAAUAAGUACUCAGCAACCAAUUCUUCCAUCUCCACUGAUGGAGACUCUCAGCGGACAUCGAGCGAAUUCAACCACGGCGCGGUGAACGGCAACGGAUUCAAUAACAGUGCGUCUGGGACUGAGAAUGGAUCUGGCUAUGGGGCUGGUAGCGGCAUCGAAACUGGUGCUGAUGCUGGAAAUGGAAGUUUUCUCGCCGAAACUGGAAGCGCACGAAACGCAGCGCUUAGUACAGAGCCGUCCUUUUCCGGAAUAAUGACUAUUAAGGUUUAUGGUGGUGAGGGUUUCAAGCUCCCUUUUCCCAUUACUUCUAAUGCGCAGAUUUUGAAGAAACUACUGUACUCUGGUGUCAUGAAUUCAUCUCCCGAAGAUCCUAGUGCAGACGAUCUUGUAUCCUCACUCGCGCAGCUGGAGUUGAGUGACAGCAGUGAAGAGGAGAUGCUGAUCAAAGGGGAUCUGGCCUCGCGUUUUAUUCCUGCCACUAUUACGCUGCCGAGCUCUCCGGACCUCAACCCUCUUUUGUAUUUUACAAUUGAGUUCGACAAUACAGUUGCAACUAUCGAUCCUGAGUCGGGAACAUUUUCCAAUCUAAGCUUCAGCAAGAUAUCCACCUUUGACGUCACACGAAAGUUGCCAUUUUUAAAGAUUGAUGUCUUGGCCAGGAUCCCAUCAAUCUUAUUGCCGUCCAAGGCUUGGCAACUCUCGAACUCCUCCGAUCCCUUGGUGAAAGACGUCUUGGAUCGGAUUAACAAUAACCAAGACAUACACUUAGACUCCUACAAUCUUCCUUUGACGCUAAAUUUCGACUCGGCGAAAUCUUUUCGUCUUUACAACCACCAAUGGAUUAGUCUAGAAAACGGGAACGGUAAACUUAACAUCAGUGUGGAUUACAAGCCUGCAACCAACCGUUCUCUCAGUAUUGAUGAUUUUGAUUUACUGAAAGUUAUUGGCAAAGGCUCUUUUGGAAAGGUAAUGCAGGUGCGAAAGAAAGACACCAAAAAGAUAUAUGCACUGAAAGCCAUUCGCAAGUCGUAUAUCGUAUCAAAGUCGGAGGUGGUACAUACUCUGGCAGAGAGGACUGUGCUGGCGCGUGUUGACAAUCCGUUUAUUGUUCCUUUGAAAUUUAGCUUUCAGUCGCCAGACAAAUUAUACAUCGUCCUGGCGUUUAUAAAUGGAGGUGAACUUUUUUACCACUUGCAAAGAGAAGGUCGAUUCUCACUCUCGCGGGCAAGAUUCUAUACGGCUGAGUUGUUGUGUGCGCUGGAAACGCUGCACAGCCUCGACGUCAUCUAUCGUGAUUUGAAACCGGAGAAUAUACUGCUGGACCAUCAGGGCCACAUUGCGCUGUGCGAUUUUGGGCUGUGCAAACUAAAUAUGAAGGGCCAAGACAAGACUAGUACAUUCUGCGGUACUCCUGAAUAUUUGGCUCCUGAACUUUUGCUGGGGCAAGGGUAUUCAAAGGUCGUCGAUUGGUGGACUCUUGGCGUGCUAUUAUAUGAGAUGAUGACUGGCUUACCGCCAUAUUAUGACGAAGAUGUCCCUAAGAUGUACAAGAAAAUCUUACAAGAGCCCCUCCGUUUUCCUGAUGGCUUUGACAAAGACGCAAAGGAUCUAUUGAUCGGUUUACUGAGCCGAGAUCCCAAACGUCGUUUGGGUUUUAACGGCGCUGAGGAGAUCAAGUCUCACCCGUUUUUCAGUCAACUGAACUGGAAAAGGCUGUGGAUGAAGGGCUAUAUUCCACCUUACAAGCCUCCAGUUCUUGGGUCGCUAGACACUAGCAAUUUUGAUCAAGAGUUCACCAAAGAGUUGCCGGUCGACAGCGUCGUUAACGAUUUUCUGAGUGAGAGUGUCCAACAGCAGUUUGGUGGAUGGACUUACGUUGGGAGUGAACAGCUGGGUAGCUCCUUGGCUCCUAACAGGGGUGAUAGAUGA